CGUCACUUCCUGCCGGGCUGCGGGCGCCGGAGCCGCUCUUCAGCGUUUGCGCUGGCGGUCGUCGCAUCUGUGUCGUCUCCCCCUUCUUCCGAUCCCCGGCCUGGCGGCUCCUGCCUCCUCCGCGGCUACACUGCCUCUUUCCUCCCCGGUCCCUUCUUCCUCGCCCUCCUCUUUUGCUCCUUCUCUUCCUCGCCGCCGCCCAGGACCGCCGGCCCGGGUACGAGCUCCGGGGAAGCAGCCAGAAAGUAUAGCUCCUACCACUGAGCUCAAUGCACUUUGCGUGAAACUGGAAAGAAAACCAAUGUAUAAGCCCGUGGACCCUCACUCUCGGAUGCAGUCCACCUAUAGCUACGGCAUGCGUGGAGGUGCCUAUCCCCCCAGGUACUUUUACCCAUUUCCAGUUCCGCCGUUACUCUACCAAGUUGAGCUUUCUGUGGGAGGACAGCAGUUUAACGGGAAAGGAAAGACGAGACAAGCUGUGAAACACGAUGCUACCGCCAGAGCACUGAGGACUCUGCAGAAUGAGCCUCCACCAGAGAGGCUGGAGAUGAAUGGAAGAGAAUCAGAAGAAGAAAACCUCAAUAAAUCAGAAAUAAGCCAAGUGUUUGAGAUUGCACUGAAGCGGAAUUUGCCUGUGAAUUUUGAGUCUUUCCCUCUGACACAGGUGGCCCGGGAGAGUGGCCCACCCCACAUGAAGAACUUUGUGACCAGGGUUUCAGUCGGGGAGUUUGUAGGGGAAGGAGAGGGCAAAAGCAAGAAGAUCUCCAAGAAGAAUGCAGCAAGGGCCGUGCUGGAGCAGCUGAGGAGGCUGCCACCUCUGCCUGCUGUGGAGCGAGUGAAGCCCAGAAUCAAGAAGAAAAGUCAGCCCACAUGCAAGCUACAGACAGCCCCGGAUUAUGGCCAGGGGAUGAAUCCUAUUAGCAGACUGGCACAGAUUCAGCAGGCCAAAAAGGAAAAGGAGCCGGAGUACGUGCUCCUUACAGAGCGAGGCCUUCCACGUCGCAGGGAGUUUGUGAUGCAGGUAAAGGUUGGGAAUCACACUGCAGAAGGAGCGGGUACCAAUAAGAAGGUGGCCAAGCGCAAUGCUGCCGAGAACAUGCUGGAGAUCCUGGGGUUCAAAGUUCCCCAGGCGCAGCCUGCCAAGCCAGCACUCAAAUCAGAAGAGAAGACCCCAGUAAAGAAACCAGGAGACGGAAGGAAAGUAACGUUUUUUGAACCUAGCCAUGGGGAUGAAAAUGGAACUAGUAAUAAGGAGGACGAGUUCAGGAUGCCUUAUCUUAGCCAUCAGCAGCUGCCAGCUGGAAUCCUCCCCAUGGUGCCGGAGGUUGCCCAGGCUGUUGGGGUUAGUCAAGGACACCACACCAAAGAUUUCACCAGGGCAGCUCCGAAUCCUGCCAAGGCCACGGUAACUGCCAUGAUAGCUCGCGAGUUGUUGUACGGGGGCACCUCGCCCACAGCCGAGACCAUUUUAAAGAGUAACAUCUCUUCAGGCCACGUAUCCCAUGGACCUCGCACAAGACCCUCUGAGCAACUAUACUACCUUUCCAGAGCCCAGGGAUUCCAGGUUGAAUACAAAGACUUCCCCAAGAACAACAAGAACGAAUGUGUCUCUCUCAUCAAUUGCUCCUCGCAGCCGCCCCUCAUCAGCCAUGGCAUCGGCAAGGAUGUGGAGUCUUGUCAUGAUAUGGCUGCAUUGAACAUUUUAAAGUUGCUGUCUGAGCUGGACCAACAGAGCACAGAGAUGCCGAGAACAGGAAAUGGACCAGUGUCAGCGUGUGGGAGGUGCUGAACCUUUUCUGGCCACAAACCAUUAUAAAUCCCAACAUGUAUACUGAAAAUACUGAGAACUGCUUUCAAAAUUUGGAAUUUCUGAUAACUCCAGUGGGCUGAGACACGAAUAUAGAAGGUGGCAGCAGUAGCAAAGAAGACACAGACUCCAGGUGGUGUGGCGUUGGUUGUGCUGGGCUGCCAGUGACAAUGCUGUGCUUUGCCAGCCAUCAAGAGAGACCAGCCCCAUCACCUUCAAUUUUUAUAUUGUGAUAAAAGAGAAACAGAAAGCAUGGCCUAUUCUCGUGCUGGCUUAUUCAGAUACUUCGGACAACCCUGGACAGCCACACCAGAGAGGCCCCAGAGCUAAAAGCACCAGAGAAAAGCCAGUUCUUCCUGUUCUGCACAACAGACGCAGCGUGCUCAGCGUGCCACGUGUAGUGCCCACCCACUGGAACCACUGCUUUCUCAACAGUGACGCUGGCUCAUUAUUUCCUUUGGUUGAUAUGACACUAUAUAAUUUUCUUUUCAGUUUCUCAGUUGCAUCUACUUACCUAGCACAGUUUAGAAACCGAUGCUAUCAGUCUAGCAAAGAUCACAGGCCUGUUUGAUGCGUCUGUCUCUCAGGCUGGCUAAACAGAUUUUACCAGAAUCCUUUACAGCCCCACCAAUCUCCUGUAUAAAUUGGACAGCUUAGGAAAUUUAAACUUUAGGUGGUCUUUUUAUUUUAUUUUAAGCAGCAGACUUAAAUGAGCCCAGACCUUUAAAGAUUAUUACAUAAAUCAUCAGUGGGCAUGUCUUUUAAGGAGGUAGCUUUUUACCACACUACAGGACAUUACCUGUGGGUCCAGACCCUGCAGGCUGGUGUCCCUGGAGUGCCUAAUGCAGUCAAUUCCAACCUCCUUGGAGGGGAAAGGUUUCUUGGUGCUGUGCUGCUGUGCACAGAUGCAGGUAGGUGAGCUGGCCCUGGUGGAGAGCAUUGCAACCUCAGACUCAGCACUGCUUCCACAUUUGGUUUAGCUGGAACCUUUUCACCCAUGGAAUGUAAGUAGUCUUUGUCAACAAUAAAUGGUAAUACUAAAUUUUUUUUUUUUUACUUUGGUUAAUUUAUUUUCAAACACCACUACUUCUAGAUCAAACCUCUUCUGGUUCAUUACCCAUCCCACUUUUUUUAAAACAAAAAGAGAAGGAGAAUAUUUGUAAUGCUUGUGAUUCUGUCUGGGCAAAAAUCUGAAGACCUAAAAAUCUCUUUAUAUUAAACUAUUGAUCAAUAAACAGCUACUAAGAAAGUCUUUUCCCAAUUGAACAGUAACUGAAGAAGGCUGUGAGGAAGGGAUGUGGCAGCUGGGAAAGUCAGGUUGGCAGUGACUGAAGAUUAAAAUAAGGGAUUACUUUUUUUGUGUGUGGUUAUUUGAGACAGGGUUUCUCAGCCUUGGUUUACUGUCCCGAAACUAUCUUUGAAAACCAGACUGAUUUCAGAGAUCUACCUUCCUUCUGAGUGCUGGGAUUGAAGUCCUGCCGGAAUUUACUUUUAAAGGCUACAUGUACACGUGCCUGUAGAGUAUAUGAAAAAUUAAUGGCACAUAUUCAACAUGAAUGCAGCAAAAUGAGACAUCUUCAAAAUAAAAAUCUGCCAUAAGCCAGUAGUUCGCACACAGACUGUUAGGCAAAUCACACUCAAAUAUUUUCACCAACUGGGGACCAAGUAUUCAAAUACAUGAGCAUGUGGAAGCCAUUCUGAUUCAUACCCACAUGGCUUACAGGGACACAGGUACCUUGCCAACUCAAGAAUAUGGCUAAACCACUGAUGAAAAUCGUCCUUCCUUCAGUAACCACUACCUGCCUAUCCUUCUGCAGCCAGACAGCACGCCAGCCCAGCCUUCCUGCAGACCUCAUUCUCUGUGGCCUAUGCUGUCAUGUUCUCUGAACUCUUUCCAUGUCUCCAUGAGUAUUUAUAUGUCAUAUAAAACUAAACAUGUGUUUUACCCACGGACAUGCUUCAUGGCUCCUGAUGGGCUAGAGAGCACUAGAGGUUACAUUUUUAAGACACUACACAGUAUUUAUGAGUCAGGGUCUCUGAGCUUCAGACACCAAGGCACAAUGGCUACACAGGCCCCUUUACCUCUUUAGGCUAGGGAUGGUUUUUUCUCCCUGCCCUUGCAUGUUUUAUUGUCCUAUAAAGGUUAUUUCACUGAACUGCCUCGGACACUUUUGACCUUGUCCUCACAGGAUCUUUGUUGAUACUUAAAACUCAACAUGCUCACUUAUUCAGAAGUAUUCAGGUGUCCUUUAGAAACUUCGGUAAUACUUAAAAAUGGGGGGAAGGGGGACCCAAGAAGAUAAAAUGCCAGUUGACAAGUAAAUGGAUAUUUGAAUAUUGUGGUGUAUUUCCCAAUAUAACAUACAAAAUAAGAGCAAACUGAUUAUUGCCACAGUCAACAACAGAUAUGCUUGGGUAAGCAAUGUUAAACCCACUUAAGCAAAAAAGUUUGUGUGUGUAUGAAAAUAACUCAG